GCGCUCUCCUGAUCAUUGAAGUCUGCGCAUUCAUCGGCGCGCGGGAUGAUUCUCUUCACAGUUGUGCUUUUGUCGGUUCUGUCGGCCUCCGGUUCGGCGGCGGGUGAUGGCGCGUAUCAGCGCGUGAAUUCGGUGACCGGAGAGGUGCUCAUGUGUCGCCAGUGUCCGCCGGGGUUCCGCCUGCGCGCGCACUGCACGGGUUCCCAUCCGACGAAGUGUGUUCCGUGCGAAGCGGGCCUGUACACGGAGUACUGGAACACUAUCCCGAACUGUCUGCGGUGCGACGCGUGUACCGACCAUCAGCGGGUCGUUCGGGCGUGUAACGGGACCGUGAACACCUUGUGUGAGUGUAAGAACGGGUUUUAUUGGGAUCAAUAUUUCUGCAAGAGACACGCCGUGUGUAAACCGGGACACGGGGUCAAAACAUCAGGUACUCCGCACACAGACACAGUGUGUGAGCUAUGCGCAGACGGACAGUUCACUGACAUCACGCAGGAACAUGCAGCAUGCGUCACUCACAGCUCAUGUGGGUCAGAUGAACAGCUGGUGCUGACGGGAUCCAAGUGGCAUGAUAAUGUGUGUGCCACGUGCAACCAUAUCACAGAGAAAGGUUGGGUGGAUUUAUUCCGUCCGAUUCUCUCAAGUCUGUUCGCAAAGCAGAAAACUCCUGUGCGACGUCUGCAGCGGUUUGUGAAUUGCCUGUGCGAGCAAGGACAAAGAUCGCACCGAAGACUGGCGUUACAGAGCGCAGAGAGUCCGAUGGGGCGAAUCCAACACUGGAUCAGUCGAGUAUCAGAGGAGAAUCUGCUCAGCCUGCCGCAGACACUGAAGGAAUCACAUCUGGAGCACCUCGCCAACAAAAUAACACUCAAAAUCAGAACAUUCCUCAAGUUUAAGCAUCAAUGCAAUAACAGAUCACCGUUACUGGUUAUUAACCGCUAGCCCACAAGCCUUCCACUUACCAAAGCAGUCAUGUGAUCACACUAUGGUCUCCAUGGAAACGCUGGACUGAAGGGCUUAUGGGCUUGCAGAUGUUGUUAAACAUGGGCUACUACUGAACUGCACAGUUUUAGGACUGACGUUGGUUUAAUUUACAAGAGUUGUUAUAGUGAUGUUGUGUAAGACUAUAUUGUAUUACAGAACCGUAUUACAACCCUUAAAGUUGCACUUGAUUGUUAGAGAUUAUAACAAUUGUAGGGUUUCUUGGUUCAGGUUUGGGGAAUGUACAAUUAAUAUUAAUGAUCGUAAUCAAUGAUUAAUCAUAUGGUUUGAACUAGAUAACAAUACAUUCUAAAUUGCCCCUAAAACAGGGGUCAUAUAGCCCAAAAAUCUGCUUCAGAUAUAUAUAGAUAAUCAAACACAACGAAUUAUAAUUAAUUAGGAAUAUACAUCAUAUGCAGACAGGCUGUAUUAAUUUUCAGAACACCUUAAUGGAAUUAAUCCGUACCGCAACCAAUCAGUUCAUCCACCGAACCACUUUGCUGGACACUCUUGAUCAAUUCUCCCGAAGGUUUAUUCUUAGUAUAAGCUGACUAAUCAAAGCACGUUAACUUACUUUGAUAAUAUCAGCUCGUAGCUUUAGAUCGCACAUUAAAGAGGCUUUGUUCUAUGACCAACAA